AUGUUGGCACCCCGGAAAAAGCUCUGGAGUACCCCCGAUACGGUUAUCGCCAAGGCCAUUGCCUGGGUUCCCCUGCAGCCUGGAGACCUCGUCGGCGAUGUCGGAUGUGGAGACGGUCGCGUGUUGCUUCAGUGGGCGACCGCUUUCAGUCAAACGAACGGGUCGCAAUUGAGUUCGUGGGUUUCUUCCCGCCCCAACGAAUCUAUCGUCUCCUUUAUCGGAAUAGAUGUAGAUUACGAACGCGUAGAAUGUGCGAACGCCGCCUUGCGUGUAGCCCGGGAGCAGGGACACAUCCAUCCAGCCGUGCAAGUCUCGUUUCAUUGCACCAACGCACUCGACGCCACGGAUCUCUACGCGAACGUGACCGUCUUCUUUUUAUACCUGAUUCCCCGGGGUCUGCGGAUCCUUCACCCUCAUUUACCACGGACCGCUCGCUGUAUUCUCACCUACAUGUCGCCCUUGCCCGACCGCACCCCGAUCCAACGAGAACUGGUACCGGUACCUCAUCAACCUGGAGCGGCCUGGCCUCUACACCUGUACAGCAAUCGGAUCGACAAUGUUGCUAGAGCAAUCUAGACACCUCGUAAUUUAUCCUAUUGGAAUCGUCCAGUGCAGAAGUACUUUGUGUGCAACUUUGAUUCCCUUCCGAUUGGACGCAAUCGUAGCACGUCGAUUGUACGCAUCACCUGUCGAGCGUUGUAGCCGGCGCACAUAGCAACUGUGGAGUACAUUUGUAAGACUAAAAGACUACCUCAAAAU